UCUCUUCUUGCCACUGUAAAGGGCAUACCAUGCUUCUUAAACAAGAAUAAUGGAAUGAGAGCCUGCCAAUGUGUCCUCACCUCACUCUACUAACCUUAAUCAUGCUGUUGCUCCCUUCUACAUGUUAUUAAGCUUCCUGUGCUUCCAUCAUGGACAGAACUCGUCAACAGAGCAAAUAACUGAAUACCCUUCCUUUCUUUCUCAGCUAAAAGAGCUUUCAAUCUGCUCGGCCAACUUGUUGGAGACAACAUGAUCCCUCCAGCUCCUUCCAAAAUACUCAUUGGCAUCUCGUUAGACCCAGAUCACAGCAUUGAGCUCCUUUCAUGGGCAACUAGUGUUCUAGCUCAAUCAAAUGACACCAUUGUUGCCAUUCAUGUUCUUGAAACAGUUGGUGAGGAGUCAAAGAAGAGCGAAUUAAUAAAGAAAAAACAAUGGCAGAUUCGACAAGCAAAAGCACAUAUUAUAUCUGUUCUUGGAGAAUUUGCCAGGACAUGCCAGUCUAAGCAGAUAAAUUUGGAGGCUAGAGUAGGAUUUAGCUCUGAUAUUGCUAGAGUUCUAAUCGAGGAAGCAAAAUCCAUUUCGGCUGAUUAUCUUCUUCUUCGUGGCUCGAGAAACCGAUCAAAUAGAACUUGGCAUGAAGUUAUAAGGUAUUGUUUUGAGCAUGCCCCAGAAACCUGCACAGUACUUUCAUUAGGGAAAUGUGAACCACAGAAGAAUGCAGCAACUAUAAAAGAAAAUCUUCAACUAAGUUCAUGGUGGUUGAGCAAGAACGCUGAUGGUAACACUCGUAGUGGUAGCACUUCCUCCACCAUUGAAAAUCACAUCAACUCAGAAACAAAGAAACAGAACUCUUCACCAAGAACUGUAUUAUAUCAACUUGAAGCAGAAUCUCACGGUACAGAAGAUGAUACCUUAAGUUUCGGAGACUCAAGCACUACAGAGUCCCCUUCUCUGGCUACCAAUAUCAAUGGUCGAUCAAAGACAAAGAAGCAAAUAUCUACCUGUAAACUUAUCUCCUCAAUUUUUGCUUCACCAAUGAGAAAAAGAAAUAGGAUCUUUUUGACCAAAGAAAAGCAGCAGCCUUUGUUAAAGUGCUUCACCUUUGAGGAGAUUGCCAAUGCAACAAAUAACUUCCACCCAGACAAUAUAGUCGGUAGAGGCGGGUAUUCAGAAGUAUAUAGAGGUGAUCUUUCUGACGGGAGAGCUAUCGCGGUAAAGAUGCUAGCCAAGGACAACAGGGAUGCUUCAAAAGAGAAAGAGUUCCUCAUGGAAUUGGGCAUUAUUGGGCAUGUUUUCCAUCCCAAUACAGCAAUCUUACUUGGGUGCUGUAUUGAAAAUGGACUCUACCUGAUUUUCAAUUUCUCUCAGAAUGGAAAUUUGGCAUCUGCGUUGCACGGUAAAACAGGUGAGUCACUUCAGUGGCCAAUACGAUACAGGAUUGCCCUUGGAGUGGCUAGAGGUCUGCAUUAUCUGCACAAAUGCUGCAAGCACCGAAUAAUACAUCGAGACAUAAAAGCCUCUAAUGUUCUUCUAGGGCCUGAUUAUGAGCCGCAGAUAACUGAUUUUGGGCUUGCAAAAUGGCUUCCUAACAAGGUGACUCACCAUGCUGUGAUUCCAAUUGAGGGUACAUUUGGAUACUUAGCACCAGAGUACUUCAUGCACGGAAUUGUGGAUGAGAAAACUGAUGUUUUUGCAUUUGGAGUUCUUCUUUUGGAGAUCGUAACGGGCCGUAGGCCUGUGGACUCGUCGAAGCAAAACCUUCUCUUAUGGGCAAAACCUCUAAUGGAAUCUGGAAACAUCACGGAACUAGCUGAUCCAGAACUGGAAGGGAAAUUUGAUUCAGAACAAGUGCAUAGAGUUGUUCUAACAGCUUCAUAUUGUGUGAGAGAAUCCUCUACAUGGCGUCCAUCAAUGAGUGAGGUGUUAGAGCUUCUAACCAGUGGGCAUGACUCUGAAGUUGCAAGAAGCUGGAGGAUGCCAAAGUUUACAUCUGAUGAGUUAGAUGAUUACUCCAUGAUUUUUGGAUAUGAGGUUCCAGUCGAUAUUGCAUUGGAGGAUUAUUUGUAAGCAGGCAUUCUUUUUAUUUCCUUUUUUUUUUUUUUACUGUCUUAGGUUUGUUUGUGACAAGAAAGAAACAAAUAUAGUUUAAUAUAUAACAGGAAAGAAAAAGGCUUUUCUUCAAGUUCUAUGUAACUUAUGUAUUUUUUUUAUUAGUGCUGUUGCUAGGAUUAAUGCUGUCAGGAGUGGAAAUUCUUUUUACCUCUUUAUUA